AUGGAUUCGCUAUCGGGCCUCGGUUCGCGGAAGGCGGAGAAGAUCGUCGGCCCGGAACGCGAUCAUCGCUUCGUGGGAGACGUCCAUGGCCCUCACAUGCAGGAUUCAAUGCGCGCGACGCAGCAGCUGAGGCCGAACAGGAGGGUGGUCUCGCUGACGUGGCAAGAUGUGUGGGUGACCGUGGGAGACGACGAGAGCGGGUGCGUGCCCAUCCUCCAGGGGCUGACGGGUUUCGCCCGGCCCGGCGAGGUGCUGGCCAUCAUGGGGCCAUCCGGGUGCGGCAAGUCCUCUCUUCUUGAUGCCUUGGCCGGGAGGCUGGAUUCCAAGAGAAGACAGAGCGGACAGAUUCUUGUCAAUGGACGGAGAGAGCCACUGGCUUAUGGGACCUCGGCUUACGUGACGCAAGACGACGUGCUUACGUCGACCCUCACCGUGAAAGAGGCCGUCUACUUCUCGGCUCAACUGCAGCUGCCCGACACCAUGCUGCCGUCGGAGAAGAAGCAGAGGGCGGAAGCCACCAUCAGGGAGAUGGGCCUCCACGACGCGGUGGGCACCAGGAUCGGCAGCUGGGGGAACAAGGGCCUGAGCAACGGGCAGCGGAGGAGGGUCAGCAUCUGCAUGGAGAUCCUCACCCGCCCCAAGCUCCUCUUCCUCGACGAGCCCACCAGCGGCCUCGACAGCGCCGCGUCCUACUACGUCAUGCGGCGCAUCGUUGGCCUCGCGAAACAGAAUGACAUGACCGUCCUCGCGUCCGUCCACCAGCCGAGCAGCGAGGUGUUCGGGCUUUUCCACAGUCUGUGCCUCCUCUCUCAGGGACGAACCGUCUACUUCGGUCCCUCCAGUAAAGCACCUGAGUUCUUUUCUCUGAAUGGUUUUCCAUGUCCAAGCAUGCAAAAUCCAUCGGACCACUACCUCAGAACCAUCAACACUGACUUUGACGAGGAUAUCGACCCUGGUCUCGGAGGAAAGCCGAGGACACAGGAAGUGAUCAAAGUACUCGUCCAAUCGUACAAGUCAUCGAAUUUCUACGGGCACGUCCUGCAGCAGAUAGCUGACAUUCAUCAAAAGGUCGACCAUGAAGUACACGAGAAAGAGAGCCGAGCUUGCUUCUUCACCCAGUUCCUCGUCCUCGUGACGAGGUCAUUCAUGAAUAUGUACCGCGACCUGGGAUACUACUGGAUGCGCCUCCUCAUGUACGUCGCCAUAGCUUUGAGUUUGGGAACUGUUUUCUACCAAAUCGGCUUGGAUUAUGAUUCUAUUCACGCUAGAGGUUCACUGAUAACGUUCGUCGCUUCAUUCUUGACGAUUAUGGCAAUCGGUGGCUACCCUUCGUUUAUCGAGGAUUUGAAGGUAUUCGAAAGGGAAAGAUUAAACGGACACUACGGAUCGGGCGCGUUCGUUCUCGCCAAUACACUCUCUUCUGUGCCCUUCUUGCUUAUGAUAUCCCUAAUUCCCGGAGCCAUCACGUACUAUCUCGUGGGCCUCCAGAGAGAACUCGGGCACUUCCUAUUCUUCGCCACGACUCUUCUUGCCUGUAUGAUGCUGGUGGAGAGCCUGAUGAUGAUCGUGGCGAGUGUCGUCCCGAGCUUCCUCAUGGGGCUGACGGCCGGCUCGGGUAUCCAGGGACUGAUGAUCCUUGGGGGCGGUUUCUUCCGCCUGCCGAAUGACCUUCCCAGGGUAUUCUGGAGAUAUCCAGUCUACUACUUGUCCUUCAACAAGUACGCGUUUCACGGCAUGUUCAAGAACGAGUUCGAGGGCCUAAUGUUUCCCAGGAACCCGGCCUCUUUGGCAGGGACCGGCUUGAUCAGCGGUGAAGAUGUGCUGAAAGAUACAUGGCAAGUGGAGAUGAGUUACACCAAGUGGACUGAUCUCGCCAUAUUGUUUGAGAUGGUAAUCGCGUACCGGCUCAUUUUCUUCGGCGUCCUGAAGACGACCGAGACAUUGAAGCCAGUUGCCAAAGAGAUCAUGUCAGCGUGGCGGAGGCGAAAGGGCCAAGACUCGGUGAAUCCGUUACGGAGGUCAUCGUCGCCAGAGUCGGAAAGCAACAAUGCAGUGGCACGAGGCUGGGUGGGGACUGGGAAUACAAGUAGCGGGCAUCUGCAUUUGAGUCAAUGCUGAUAGAAGUUGGGAUUUGAUGAUUUGUGUGUGCUUUUUGGUGUCUAAUUCGUUGCAAGGAUUGUGAUAAUUCCACAAUCGACUCGACUGGUCGACUCCGUUUAAGAUCACAAGCCGCGACAUCCGACCAUCCCGCUUGCGUUUCGUAAUAUGUGGUGGUAGUAAGUUGAGUUGAGUUGAUUCACCACUUUU